AUUCUCUUUUAGGCAAAUACUUUCCUUCACUGAGAUGUCCUCCUUUAAUAUUUUAACCUUUAUUCUUCUCAUCAUUUGUUCCAUUAAAUCUCAAAAACAGAAGAAAAAACGAGACGGGGUAAAAGAAGAAGAAGAUGAUGAUGCUUUUGAUAAGCACAGUUUUCUUAGCAAUUCUCUUCACGGUUGGUUUCAUCACUACAUUCUUGAAAAUUCCAACAAACAAAUUAUUCAUGUGGUUUCACCCAAUUGCCUCUGUGAAAGCGACACCUGCACUCGACAAAACCACCAACGUGGGUACUAGAACUAGGAGUAUUAUUAGUGCUGACAAGGAAGAGUUGAAGGGUGUUUUUGCAACAUUUGACAAGAACGAUGAUGGGUUUAUAACAAAGCAAGAGCUGAAGGAAUCACUGAAGAAUAUUGGGAUUUCCAUGGAAGACAAAGACAUCGCUGAAAUGAUGGAAAAAGUGGAUGAGAACAAAGAUGGGUUGAUUGAUCUGCAUGAGUUCUAUGAGCUUUGUAACUCUUUCUUGGGUGGGGAGAGUGAGAGAGAAGGGGAUGGUGAGGAGAUGAGCAGGAAAGAGGAGAAUUUGAGAGAGGCUUUUGAGGUGUUUGAUGAAGAUACAGAUGGGUUGAUCACUGCAAAGGAGCUGAGUAAGGUUUUGGGAAGUUUGGGGUUGAAAGAUGGGAAGACAUUAGAGGAUUUUAAGGAGAUGAUUGGGAGAUUUGAUUUGGAUGGAGAUGGGAUGGUUAAUUUUGAUGAGUUCAAGAGGAUGAUGACUCAAAGGGUUAUUCCAAUCUCUUAAUCCUAUCCUCAGGUAAUACAUAAUAUUA